AACUGAAGGUCAAGGAGAGCACAUUGUGAGCACGUCCUUGUAUAAAGGCGGAGAUUCUGGAUAUUUUUGAUCAGUGUCUCACUCGACGUCACAUGAGACAGAGGUUGUGUGGCAGCUGUACUGAGAAGAAUUACCACAAUGAUUCGUUCACUACUUGGGAUGAUCUGCUUCUUACUGCUUGUGUUUGUGGCUUUGAGCGAGGCUUACUGCAACAGCUCCUGCAUAGAGAUUUACCAGCCGGUCUGCGGAACUGACCACAAGACCUACUCCAACAAAUGUUACCUCCAGCUAGCAACCUGCAGAAGUAAUGGCCGCAUCAAGUUUCUACAUGACGGUAUUUGUGAGAAGAGGAAUUGUCCCGACGUCUGUAUUCAAGUCUUCGACCCUGUGUGUGGCACGGACGGCGUAACAUACGGUAAUGCCUGUCAACUUGGAAUAGUCGCCUGCAAAAAUCCUUCCUUGGGGCUCAGAAUUGCCCACGAAGGAGAAUGUUACUAGAAACCAUCCAUCAACACAAGACCUUCCUGGACGACUAUGGCAGGUUUCAGCUAGUGGUGACGUCAUAGGAGUAAGUCAGCCUGACAGCUCUACCCAAACAACGUAGCUUCUGGCCACAACUUAAAAAAUCUUAUAAAUCUUAAUAAACUCUCCUUUUGGGUCAUAUA